AUUCUUUGGCAUGGAUAAGCAUUCAGUGGGAGGAUUAGAACUGACUGAUCAGUCUGCUGAUUUAUUAGAGAAUACAGCCAUGGCAGCUGGUAUCAUGGACAUAAGAAAUUCAUUUGGUCAUCCAGCUAGUCCUUUAGUCAAUAGAUCUAUAAACACUUCAGUGGAAGAUGAUGAUGAUGUUGUUUUUAUUGAAUCUAUACACCCUCCUUCAAUUUCUGCUCCAGGAAUAGCUGAUCAAAGAAACUUGAUAUUGGCGUCAUCAAAACAUGAGAAGCCACAAGGAAAUUAUUCUGUAAUUCUGCCUUCCUCAAGAGAGUUACUUCCUCAGAAGGGAAAUAUAUGUGACACAAUUGUUAUUGAUGAUGAAGAGGACAUAGAAACAGAUGAGGGGCAGGAGAAAAAUUGUUCUACUUUUACUGAAUGGGGACUUCCAGGAACUAAAACUAGUGUCAAAGAUUUGGAUUUCUCCACUACCAGUCUGUCAAGAAGUAAGACCAAGACUGGAGUAAGACCUUUUAAUCCUGGUAGAAUGAAUAUGGCAGGAGAUGUGUUUCAGAAUGGAAGAUUUACAAGUCAUCAUAAUCCUGAUUCUUGGAUCUCCCAGUCAGCAUCAUUUCCUCGAAAUCAGAAACAAGCAGGAAUGGAUUCUUUAUCACCAGUGGCCUUACUUCCUAAACAGAAUUUCCAGACUACAUCCCAACAACAACUUAAACCAGCUAAAAUCACUUGUGCAAACUGCAGAGAGCCUUUACAGAAGGGACAGACAGCUUAUCAACGGAAAGGAUCUCCUCACCUCUUUUGUUGUACUACCUGCCUUUCUUCUUUCUCUCGUAGACGGACUCGAAGGACACGGAAUAUAAUAUGUAAAAAAGAUACACCUACAAAGAAAGCUACUGUUCUUCCAGUAGAAUCAAGCAGAUCCUCCCAAGGAUUUUAUAGCACACCUUUGUCUCCCUAUGAAGACAACCAGAAUAUUAGAAAAGGAAUUUAUAUUAAGUCAAGAUGUAUAAUCUGUAGUAAAUUAGGAGAGGUUCGCCAUGAAGUCAGUGUUAAUAACAUAACACAUAAACUGUGCAGUAACCAUUGUUUUAAUGAGUACCGAUUAGCCAAUGGUCUAAUAAUGAACUGCUGUGAACAGUGUGGAGAAUACUUGCCCAGUAAAAAUAGUGGAAACAGCAUCCUGAUUGGAGGCCAGCAGAAGAGGUUUUGCUGCCAAAGUUGUGUUAAUGAAUAUAAACAGAUAAUGGAAACAAAAUCAAAAGCAUUAGCAGCUUUAGAAACCAGGAAAAGGAAUGCUAUUACAGAGGAAAAUGAAACAAAAUCAUUUGGAUCAUCAAAUGUGCUUUUGGAAAAAACAGAAGAAAUACCAGAAAAAAAGGAAAAGGCUUCAGAGAUACAGGUUUCUGCAGAAUGUAGUCCAGAUAUACUACCGAAUGAAGAGAAUGUGAAUUUACCUUCCAUGUCAGCCAUAGCUGAUAAAUUUCAAGAGCAACUGGAAAACAAAGAAUCUGAAGACCCCAUUAUGGUUCCAGUUGUUCUUUCUGCAGAUCCAGGUACAUGGCCCCGAGUUUUGGACAUUAAACAGCGAGAUGCUCUUAUUGAAAAUGAGCCACCUCAAGUAAGAAAUUUUAACUUUCCAAAAGACAAUACAGGGAGAAAGUUUUCAGAAACUUAUUAUACAAGAAUUCUUCCAAGUGGUGAGAAAACUACUAGAUCCUGGUUACUUUAUUCAGCCUCAAAAGAUUCUGUAUUUUGUUUGUAUUGCAAACUCUUUGGGGAAGGAAAAAACCAACUGAAAAAUGAGAAUGGGUGUAAAGAUUGGCAGCAUUUAUCACAUAUCCUUAGUAAACACGAAGAAAGUGAGAUGCACAUAAUCAAUAGUGUUAAAUAUUCAAAACUAAAAUCUGAAUUGGAAAAUAAUAAAAGUGAUGAACUUACAGAGCACAGAUUAUAUGAAAAUGAGAAAAGUGAUGGUGUGGUACUUUUGUACACAUAAUAUCCUGAUGUGGUUUUUGAGAUAACAUUGACUUACAUUACUCAGAAAAAAUCUGCACUGUAAGUCAGAACCUUUUGUUGUGAGACUCCUAUACAGAGUAACUUACAAUAGCUAUAAGCAAUAAGUCUAGUAGCAAAUAAAUAAUAAACAAUGUUCCUGUUCCCAGUGAAAAAUAAUUCAGUAGUUGUUAUUGCAGGUUGUAGUAAAGCAAAUUUUUUAUUUUCUCAACCUUAAAAAAGAUCAGCUGGAAACUUUAAAAUUUGUUUUGAGGGGUUGGAGCACUUAUGUUUACUCAGUAGAGUGCUAGCCAGUGAGCUAGUGGCAGACACCAAGUCCUGGUUUUGGCCCUUAAAAAAAGAAAAAAAAAUAGAUGUUUGAGAUUUGCCAUUUUAAUAGAAUUAGUUAAUACUCUGUUCAUGAACAGAAUGGGGUAUGAAACUACAGCUUUUUGCUAUUAAACCAAAUACUUGUUUAUUUCUUUUGAGCAAAACAUUUUUCUAUUUGAGCAAAACAACUUCAUUUGUUAUAUGAGAAUUAAAGUUGUUCAUUUGCAUUUUA